AUGAUACAGACCAAGAGUAUGCAUGCCUGGACGGAAUCUACAACAAUUCUGGCUUGGAUCAAGUCAUCGCCUCAUCGAUGGACAACUUUCAUUGCGAACCGAACAAGUCAACUGCACGAAUACACACCCCCAUCUAUCUGGAGGUAUGUUCCAACAGCUGACAACCCUGUAGAUUGUGCUUCAAGAGGACUGUACCCCUCGGAAUUACUUCAGCAUCCUCUUUGGUGGACUGGACCAAGUUUCCUUUCCCAGGACCUCUCAACAUGGCCAUCAAUGCAAAUUCAAAUGAAUGCUGAUGGAACUAAUCUUGAAGAACGUAAAACUAUUCUGGUGGUAACCACCAAUGUGCACAUAUUUAAUCAACUGCUGCAUCGUCUCUCAUCUUUGCCUAAAAUUAUACAUGUUGUUGCGUAUUGCCUAAGGGUUUUCCAAAAAUCUAUGUUUACUACCAUCAAUUUGUCUCCAGCUGAACAAGUACGGGCACUACAACUUAUUAUUCAAUUAGUUCAAAAACAAGCAUUCUCCGACGAAUGGGCGCACAUACGUGAUCCUCUCCAUUCUGGUCAGAGUAAACUACGAAACCUCGGUCCCUUUUUUGAUGAACAUGGACUCAUUCGUGUAGCUGGUCGUUUGAAGCAUGCUGAAAUCCCAUACGAACAGAAGCAUCCGAUUCUUCUUCCUCGGUCCCACCGAUUGACGGAUUUACUCAUUGAUGAUUUCCACACACAAAACAAACAUCCCGGGGCCACUACACUUCAAACAAUUAUUUCACAACAAUAUUGGAUAAUCGGUAGUCGCCAAGUCAUUAGAUCUCGACUAAGACUCUGCAUAGCGUGUUACAAAACUCGCCCUCGCAAUUCACAACCAUUUAUGGGAGAUAUUCCAAAAUGUCGCUUACAGCAGGUGAAGCCAUUCAUGAUAACAGGUGUAGAUUAUGCAGAUCCUAUAAUGUUAAGGUCUUCCACGACUCGACGAAAUGUACCAAGGCAGGCCUAUAUUUGCCUUUUUGUGUGUAUGACGACAAAGGCAUUACAUUUGGAAGUCGCUUCUGAUUUAUCGUCGGAAACAUUCCUGACGGCCUUCUGUCGGUUCAUUUCACGACGAGGGCCGGUUGAACAAAUGCACAGUGAUUGUGGAACAAAUUUCGUAGGCGCAGCCAAGCUAUUCCAAUCCGUCGAUCAAUUUACACAUUCUAAGGAAUUUCAAGACAAAUGUCAAACCUAUCUAAUGUCUGGUAAUAUAAGCUGGCACUUCAACCCUCCGUCCGCACCUCACUUAGGAGGACUUUGGGAGGCAGGUGUCAAAUCAGUCAAAACUUUAUUGUAUCGAACGCUUGGGCUUCAACGGCUGAAGUAUGAAGAAUUAGCUACCAUUUUGAGUCGCAUUGAAGCCACCUCGAACUCUCGUCCACUAGGCGCCAAGAGUUCAGAUCCAUCUGACUUCGAAGCUCUCACUCCCAGUCACUUUCUUACACUCAUGUCCAGUACUGGCCAUAUGGAACCUAAUUUUGUCAAUGUUCCGCUUUCCCAUUUUCAACGUUGGAGAAUGAUUAAGGACAUCCAUUCUCAUUUUUGGAAACGUUGGCAAACUGAAUACUUGUAUACGCUUCAAAAUCUUACAAAAUGGAUAGCCCAUAACCCAAAUUUGAAAAUUCAUGAUUUAGUCCUCAUCCGGGAACCAACAGCUCCCCUUUUAUGGAAACUUGGACGGAUUCUUCAAUUACAUCCCGGUGAGGAUGGCAUUGCCAGAGUUGCCACUGUACAAACAGCGACUGGGAUCCUGAAGAGACCAGUCGUAAAGCUCUGUCCACUUCCAAUAUGA